AUUUGUUUUUUCCUUUAAAUUUUGGUGAAGGAGAUAUUUUUUCUCUCUCUAAUAAUUUCCCUCCUCUCUCUCUCUAAAACGACGCCUCUCUGGAAGUACGCCAAUCGAUCUCCUCGAUCUUCUCGCUUUUAAUUCUAAAAUAAUUUGAAAAUUUUAACGAAUCACGAAAUUAGAUUCCCUCAUAAAUCCAAUAAUUUGUCAAUUCGAAAUUUUUUAAGGUUCCAUUUUUUAAAAUUUGUGUUUGAAAUCAUUGAUGGCUAGUUCUGGGAACCGAGAAUUUGUUGAUGAUCAUGUGGAUCAAAACGGCGACGAAUCGAUCGAUUCAUCAUCGGACGGCGUUAUCGAGACCUCCUCUAGCGGUGGAUCUGGAGCAGCUUCGAGACAAAACAGUGAGACAAUGAAUGAAAUCGGACUCACGGAAAGAUUAACCGACAUAUUUGUUGAUGAAAACGACGGAGAUUUGUUGCUUCAACAAAGCAAUCGAGAAGAUAGGGUUCUUCAAUGGUUGCAAGCUUUAGAUAUGCAAUUAAUCGGCGCUUGUCGAAACGAUGAGAGAUUAAAGCCUUUGUUGAAAGUCAACGUCUCAAACGGCGUCGCCGAGGAUAGAUUGUUAGCUCAUUUGAGUCAGCACUUUGAGCCAUCGGAAGUUGGUAUGCUGGCGAGGUGUUUUUGCAUACCUUUGGUUUCAGUUCGAGUGGGGAAGAUUAACAAACAAGGAACUCAUUUUCACCCUUGUGCUAUAAGGGGAAAUUUGAUUCUUAUGCUCUUGCCUACAUCGGAUUUGCGCCUUUCAUUUGUUGGGGAUGAUGGUCAAACCGAGAGACUUUUCACUUUGAGUGACAAACCUCAAUGUGCUGCUGUUUCCAUUGAUGAGAUCCCAGCAGACAAUUCUGGACGAUCUUUCCUCGUGAAGAUCCCAGAUGGUGAAGUUUUUUACUAUUGGUGCUCGGAGAAGUCAAAGCUCCUUGGGAUUGAAUUACUCUCAAAGGUGAAGGACUUGAUCAAAAGAAAACCAUCAAUUGCUGAAUUAACUGGAAUCAGCGAAUCACGACUAGGCUGCUUUGCAACUCAGCUUCGAGCAUAUCUUUUUGGAUCCACAGUGAGUAAUACACAAGCAAGUUAUUCAGGUCCACCAUCACCCAAUUCUGUGCUUGACACUAUCGAUGUGCACAACGGACAAACUUCUUCAACAUCAAAAUCCUUGCGGUCCAGGCACUCUAGCAGUCAAGUACUCAAGGUGAAUGCACUUUAUCAAGGUAGCUUAAGUCCAAGAUCAAGUUCUUUCAAAGAGGGCUUGACCCGAAACUUGUCUUCUCUAAGGAGCAACACAAGGGAUAAGGUACGACGGCGUGGAGAUAACCAUCUCUCUGAAGCUGAGAGCCUUACAAUUGCUUCACCUGUUUCAAAAGUUUCCUCUGAUGGCAACCAAGCUGAAACCAAUAAGCUUCCGGAUGUCAAGAGCUGUCCAUUCACUCCAAAUUUCCUUGAAUCACUUGGAAAACUUUCUUUACCACCAACACUAAGCUCCGUAUCUCAACCUUCUUUAGUAUCGCCUGUCUUUUCUCCUUAUUAUUGUUGGUGCCCCCCAGGAUCAUCUACUCUACAACACUCGGCUGCUUCUGAGCUUCCAUCGUCGUCAAUUGAAUCUCUUAAGCUUCCACCACUUUCUUCAAUAUUGCCAAUGAAUAGUGCUUCCAGCUUGUUGAAACCGUCGCCACCACUCAAUCUGGCUGAUGUCCCUUCACUGGAUUUUCCAGCUUUCCUCCCAGAACCAUUGGUCCGAUUGCCAAUGGCAAGUUCGCAACAAAUUCCAACUUUCACACCUUUGAUUUGUGAUUCCAUUGUUCAUAUUCCAGUCAUUGAUGUUUGCUCUUCAGGACAAGGUUACUUGGUUAGUGCCGGUCCCACCCUUUCAACAGCAAUUCCUCCAUUGCAUCCAAACCUUGUGAACACCGAAACCAUGGUUGAAAAGGGUGCUAGAGAAACACUUAGGCUGCUCAUCAGUGGCUCAACACAGAGUAAUCCUCCAUUGAUUGAUGUAUUGCCAGCAGUUCUAACCAAUGCUGAUGAGAAAAAAGGUAUCUUUGUUGCCGGAAGCCGGGGUCUAUACAGUGGAACCAGAGAUGUUAGUGCCAUUGCCGCCGUUAGUCUGGUUACACUUACUUCCAGCUCCGUGGUAGAUAGUAUUAUAAAACAAUGUAGUAGCAGUAGCAACAGUCAUGAUGAUCCUGAUACGAAGAAGCUGAUGGGAUCUAGCGGCUCGGAUGAAUCAUGUUUGAGCAGUAAUGGUGCUAAACUUUCAGGCUCGAGAGAAGAAAAAGUUGAGUAAAAAAAUUAAUGUUUUUCUUUCUUAUAUUUUUUCUUUGAAAAUGAAAAAUUGUAGAUAAAUGCAUCUGCAGUUUUGUCAUAAUUUAAUUGUAAUUAGAGUCCCAAUCUGUUACCCAUUUUAGGGAUUUGCUAUCUUGUAGUAUUUUACUAUUGUUAUUAGUGUGUAUGGUUAGUAUGUGAAUGGGUUUUUCA